UUUAUAUUUGGAGAACAACGGUAGAUGGAAUGUUGUACCAUAGCAACAACGUCGUAAAAAUAGUUCAUUUGGUGAAUUUACAUAGAGAUUUAGCAAUAGCCUUUUCACUCUGUGAGUAUAAUUUUCCAUCGUUUUAACUCGUGCAAAUGUAUAGAGAAGUCGCCAUGAUUCCAUUCCAACAACGUUGACCCUUAUUUAAUUUCAGACAUUAAAAACGUUGACCCUUAUUUAAUUUCAGACAUUAAAAGAGGGCUCGUCCGGGAUUUGAACCCGGGACCUCUCGCACCCUAAGCGAGAAUCAUACCCCUAGACCAACGAGCCAGAUAGAACAAUAUUAGCACAUGUUUUUAAUUUAUUCACGCUUUUAUCAAAGCACGACUGUAUUGUCUUUUUUAUGAGCCUGACCUGUAGCAGUUUAAAAUGUACUAUAUUUCGCAUUGUAUGUCCAAUUGCCAUGACAAACCAUGUAUAUUUUUGCAAUUUGGGGCACCUCUGAUUCGAGUGUAACCAAAUCGUUAGUGUAACGUUGAAGACAGAGCGGCCAUCUGCAAGCCUCUGUUCACGGGUUUUAGGCUGAUCCUAGAUGUAGGCUCUGGGUUGAGAACUGUCGCCGGGCCGAUCUGGAGGCAAAAACAUCAGACCAACUCAAUAAACACUACAGACUGUGUGCCAAACACUUUGACCCGGCUAUGGUUUGUAAAACAAGCCCUUACAGAACAGUACUGAAGGAUACUGCUAUUCCAACCAUAUUUGAUUUAACAAGCCACCUCAAAAAUCCUCAUAGCAGACAUCGCAAGCGGAUCAAAGAAUUGACUGAAGAAGACAUAAGGAGAAUUAAAGAGAGAAGAUUGGCAUCCUCCAUUGAACAGCUCCACACAAAGAAAGACAUUGAGGCAACCGAGGGUCAAGAUGCCGCUGAGGAGGAAAUCAAGCUGUCCGCAGAGGAGAAGGACUUCCGAGAUUACCUGAGGUCUCUGUUUGAGAUCAUUGUCAUGCUAGGAAAGCAGAACAUCCCAUUGGAGACCAAUGUCCCAGAAGGAGUAGCGAGAGAUCCCAGUAAUUUCCAGGCUUUACUGGAGUACCGCAUUAAUGCUGGAGAUGAGGCUCUGAGGAGGCGGUUUGAGGCCACAGCAGUGAAUGUGGAGUACCUCUCCGCAUCCCAGCAGAGCCAGCUCCUUGAAGUCUGCGAGGGCACUGUCAGAGCGGAGGUCCUCAUGGAGGUGAGAGAGAGUCGCUUCUUCUCACUGGUCACAGGGGACCUGGUGGAGUUCGCUGGGGAGAGACACCUGCCUCUCUUUCUGCGGUUUGUAGACCAGUCCAAUGCUCUCAGGGAGGAGUUCUUGGACUUUCUGCCGUUCGAGGGGGACGAGGCCUCACUGGUAGAGAAGCUGGAGACCCAGGUGAAAGAUGGGUGGGGGCUGAGAAUGGAGGACUGCCGCGGCCAGGCCCAUGUAGCCACCGGCACCUUCGCCACUAAGAUGAAAGCUGUGGCUGUCGGACUGAUGGCAAAGUACCCCAUGGCAAUGCACACGCCUUGUUCCACCUGCGCACUGAAUAUCCACCUGGCCAACAGCCUUCCCUUCCCCAGCGUGCAGGUUGUCAUGGCAACCCUGAGAAAGAUUGAUGUCUUCUUUAAGCAGUCUCGCUCUUUGCAGGCUGAGCUGGAGAAGGCCAUCUCUGUUUACCACCAAGAAAAUGAUGAGAAGGCAGCCGAGCUGAAGGAGGCCUGUAGCUCUAACUGGACAGAGCAGCAUAACGUGUUUGAACUGACUGUGGACCUGCUUGAGUCCCUCCUGCUGUGCAUGGACUGCAUUCGGGACAAUGAGAAUGUCAAGUUCCCUGAUGCUAUAACUGGGGACGCCUACUCAAUCGCAGAGACCCUGGCUGACUUUGAGUUCAUUGUCACCUUGGUCAUCCUGAAAAACGCUCUUUCUUUCACACGAGCCUUUGGCAAAAACCUGCAAGGGGAAGCCCUUGAUGUGUUUUUCGCUGCCAACAGUCUAACAGCCGUCCUGCACUCUCUGAAUGAAGUCUUCGACAACAUUGAAAUCUACCAUGAGUUUUGGUUUGAGGAAGCUGUGAAUCUGGCGGGUACCAUGGAGAUCCCAGUGAAGGUGCCUCGUCUGUUCCUCCGGAAGCACCGUUCGGCCGACGCAGGUGAGAUCCCUCCAGAGUCUUACUUCAAGGAGUACGUGACAGUCCCUGUGAUCCGUGGCGUCAUCGAUGAGGUGGACGACAUCUUCUCCCAGAGCAACCUCAAAGCCCUCAAGUGCCUGUCCCUGGUCCCUGCCAUCAUGGGCCAGAUGAAGUUCAACACCUCAGAGGAGAACCAUGCAGAUGUGUACUGCAAGGACCUCCCCAACCCAGACACGCUGCCCGCUGAGCUGCAUUGCUGGAAGAUCAAAUGGAAGCACCGGAGCAAGGAGGUCCGCCUGCCCUCCACCAUCCACGAGACACUUCAGCUGUCAGACGUCAAGUUCUUCCCCAACGUCAACUGCUUCCUGAAGGUCCUGACCACCUUGCCUGUCCUGAUGCUGGAGGACAGCAACAGCUCUGAGACAUCCAGGAAACGCCUGCAGACUUAUCUCAGUGACACACCUAUCAAACACAGAUGCAAGGGUCUGGCUGUGCUCCACAUAAACUCUCACGUUAAGCAUGACCUGGAUGUCAUGGUAGACAAAUACUGCAGACUGCACCCUGAGGAUGAGCCUGAAUAUGGGGUUGAGGCUGAGAUCAGCACUGUGGUGAUAUAGGAUAUUAAGUUUGUUCAGUAUAAGGGGACAAAAUCAAAUUAAAAUUACAUUCAAAUAACGUCUCCCUGUUUUAUUAUAGCUUUAGUGUUAGUGUGAAUUGUAACUGUAAAGUCUGAGUAAAAUAUGACCUCUAGACAAGGGUUAUUUUAGGCAUAAUUGUGCAGGGUAGCCUGUCGUUCUGCCCCUGAACAGGCUCCCAGUGAACCGUUCAAGAAUUUGUUCUUAACUGACUUGCCUAGUUAAAUAUAUAUAUAUUGCCAUUAAAAAUGUAUAUUUAUUUUGAAUUAAAUGCCACUUGGUGUCUU